AUGAGGUUGAGACAAGGAGGAGGAGACAGGAGGAGGAGACAGGAGGUGGAGACAGGAGGAGAAGACAUUAGGUGGAGACAGGAGGAGGAGACAGGAGGUGGAGACAAGAGGAGGAGACAGGAGGAGGAGACAGGAGGUGAGGACAGGAGGAGGAGACAGGAGGUGGAGACAAGAGGAGGAGACAGGAGGUGGAGACAGGAGGAGGAGACAGGAGGAGGAGACAGGAGGUUGAGACAGGAGGUGGAGACAGGAGGAGGAUACAGGAGGAGACAUUAG